AUGACCGGGCUAAUUCUUUUGAUCGACGACGUCCGAGUUCUCAAGGUUCCGAAGCUGUACAAUUUGGAUGGCUACGAGGGCCAAAAGCUUGACUACGCACGCCUUGGUAACGAGGACAACUGUGAAAUUUUCAAGAACGAGAAAGCCAUAUACGAACGACUAGAGCAUCACAAGGGGAUCAUACAGUGCUUUAAAGCAAGUGACGAAGCGCUAGAGCUCGCCUACGCCAGAGAAGGCAACCUCGAAACGUACAUUGAGACUCAGAGAGAACCACAAAUUUCCACAAAAGUCGACUGGAUCUUAUCUCUGAUCGAUACGCUGUCAUACAUCCACUCAAGGGGGGUUUUAGUUGACGAAAUCGCUUUACGGAACAUUCUCGUGCUCAACAAGGACCUCAAGUUGGCGGACUUCGGUCAGUCCGUUCUACUGCCCAUGAUGGCCGAUAUGACGACAGACGACGGCGCCGGUUUGACUGUCAAGGUCGAAAUACUCCACCUUGGAUGGGUCUUCUACGCCAUUACAGCCUGGCAGAACAGUCGGUAUUAUUAUUUUGAGAGCGAGACCCCUUCCUGGCCUAUGCCUAAAGAGCUUCCCACGGCCGAUGAUCUUUUCUGUGGAAUCAUCAUCAAAAAGUGCUGGGCUGGAGAGUAUGAAAGUGUGGAGGCAUUGCAGAAAGAAGCGGUUGCAUUGUUCGUCAAUCUCUCUCUAGCAUAA